AUGCCCCAGCGACAACGUCUUUCGCUGUACAUCCCGGGCUCCCCGCCCGGCGCCCUGCCGGAGUCGACUUACACGCCCACGCCCACCAGCGACCGUCGCCGCUCGCUCAUCAGCCUCACCGAAAGUCUCAGUCUGGGAAACCUGAAGCCAUCCAGGGCCAGGCUGCAGAAGUAUUGGCCAGGUGCUAAAAGCCCGACAACAACCACAAAGGCCACGACGACGACGCACGACCUAUCGGCGCUCAUCAUGCUGGCCGGCGAGCAAAUGGGCGCACUGGCGGAUCCUCGCCGGAGGAGGCCCGCAUCGUCAUCCCGGCCUGCGCCGUGCCAGCAGGACGACCCCCAGCUGUGGCAGGAUCUGGAGAUGUCGCUGCCCAAGAGCGCAACUGCCCUCUCGCGGCAUAGCAGCGGCAGCGGCAGCAUCCAGCGAAAGCCGCUGCCGACGAAUGCUGCGCCGCGGUAUUACCCAUCGCCGGCAGCAGUGCCGGCAGCGCCAAGCCGCGCGCCGCCGCCACCUCCGAUUCCUGAGUUAUCAGCCGUCAAUUUUCACUCUGAAGAUGUGAAGCUGGCCGAGUCGCCUCCCCCGCCAGUGAUGCCGCUCUCUCCAGUGUUUCCCUCCACGGUGCGACGCCGCGCCAAGACACCCGUUCACCACAUUGGCCAGCUCGAGGCGGCGCAGCGAAACCGAAACAAGCCUCUCCACUACAAUGGCAACAUGGAUGGAGUCAACCGCAUGUCGAGCGUCAGCACCAUUGCGCGAGAAUACCGGGAGCUGGCUGUCCACUCAGAUAUGGAUAUACCCGACGUGCCAAAAAUCGACGCCUCUUACUUGCUACAGCAGGGCAUCAUCGAACUGCCAGCCACCAACAGCCAGGAAGGCCAUCUUCUUGGUGCCUCGUAUCAUCAUCAUCAACGCACACCGUCUUCCACAUCCGACGACGGAAUGCUGCUGGGCUCCGAGCCAGACACAUGCCCGUCGCUGACACACUCUAGCUCGCCGCCGGCCGAGAUGAGCGACGCCGAGGACGGCGACGAACCGCCCGCGCUGGCAUCGCUGCGUUUCCAGAUUGGCCUCGAGCUCCUGACCAAGGAGCUAUCGACGGCUUUUGCGGACCAAUCCAGCCGCCGGCCAAAAGACGGCACCAACUCCGCAGGUCUGCAGAUAUGGGUCAUGAUUGAAGCGUAUGAGAGGCUGCGCGAGCAGCUCGACGCCAACAAGCCUACGGAGGAGAACGUCCAGGCGCGCGACGCGAUUGAUUCCUGGAUUCGUGCGCUGUACGCCAUUCACAACAAUAUUGCCAGUGAAGGGGCGGGAGACGACAGCGAGUAUGAGAACGACCAGUGA